AUGUGGUCUGUCCUUCCUAUCGUUCUCCUCUACCUCCUCUGUCGUUCUGUAGAUGCCCUACAUUUUCCUGUACGCGUCCGGACGGUCGCCGAGCGCUCUGGCAGCUUAAUUUCUCGGGCUAAUAACGACACUAUCUUGCCCGUGUCGAACACACAAAACUCAGAGUACAUCGUCAAUAUCACCAUUGGGGGCAGAGAAGUUCCCGUUCUUUUAGAUACCGGAAGUUCCGACUUGUGGGUCGCAGGCAGCGUUCCUAGCACCACUGACCUCGGAAUUUCUGCGACUUUGUCCUAUGCAGUUGGAAACGCUGGUGGCGACAUAAACACUGCUACUCUCCAAUUCGGAAAUUUCACCGUGGAUGACCAGGCAUACCUGCUGGUGGCGAACACCUCAUCUUUUUCCGUCAACAUUGAGGCGGAAGGCUUUGAAGGUCUCAUUGGCUUGGGUCCCAACUCAGGCUCUGUCAUCCGUUCCAGGGUCGGCAACUCUCGCGGCGACAAUUUCCUCAACCGCAUCUUCUCGCAAAAUGUCUCGUCCUCCAACUAUCUCACCAUUACGCUCGGCCGCGAGGGCGUGUCGUCCAGCCCCUCGCACGGUCUGCUAACCAUCUCAGAAAUCGCGCCCGGAUACGAGGACACUGCCAAUAUGCAGAAACUGACGGUCGAGAAGACGCACAAGCUCACGGACCAGGACCAGCACUGGCAGAUCUACACCGACGUGAACGGUGUGAUUGGGCCCGACGGCCAGCCGAUGGAAGUGAAGUCGAUCGUGCCUAAAGCGCCUAAGGGGCAGCUCGUGGUCGUCUUCGACUCCGGAUAUACGUUCCCGCAGGUGCCGCGUGCGAUGUCGGACAUGAUCUAUGGCAGAGUGCAGGGCGCCGAGUACAACGAGAACGCGGGCGUGUGGACUAUCCCGUGCGAACAGAUGCUGAACAUCAGUUUCAAGUUUGGCGGGCAGGAUUACCCUGUGCACCCACUAGACACGUCGAGCAGCGACUUUGACAUGGUUAACUCGCUCGGACAACCCGUCUGUGUUGGCACGUUCCAACCUAUCACGUCUGCUUUCAGUCUGCUAGGAGAGUACGACAUCAUUCUCGGGAUGGGAUUUAUGCGCAAUGUGUACGCGCUCUUUGACUACGGAAACUUCGUCGAAAACACGUCGCAGGACCUCGGAAACCCGUUCAUUCAGCUCCUUUCCACCACAAACCUGUCGCAGGCUCACCAAGACUUUGUGACAGCGCGCAUGAAUGGCGUCGAUGCCACAAGUAGCUCGUCUCAGUGGCUAGUGUCGUCCUCCCAGAUGCAGCAUUCACCCGAAUCCAAGGAGGAGAAGAAAAAAGCUUAUGAGGAGAUGAUCCUCAGUCGGUGGCCCGAAAUAUUCGUCGGCUGCCUCAUAUUCGUCCUGAUCGUCGCCGGACUCAUAACUUGGCGCUGCUGCAUCCGAUGCAAGCGCAAGCGCGCCAAGAAGCAGGCCGAGGGCCUUUUCCCGAGCGGUAAGAUCCAGUCGUACAAGCAGCUCGACGACCCCUCGACCGCGACACUGUCAUCGGGUGACCUCGAGAUGAAACAAUACCAACAGGAUCUGCACGGUCCAUAUCGUCCAGACCUUGAAAACCCGUUCCAGGCAGACCCCGUUGCGUACCACCAAGAUGACCGGAGCUCGUACGCGUCCAGCAAUUUUCGGCCGUGA